AUAGCGUACGAUUGUAGAUAUUUCAGUGACCAUAAUAAUUCCAAACGAAAGGGCGAAUCGUGACAGAAAAAAGUCGGGCGUGUGUUGAUCUGAAAGACGAUAAUGAAUUCAAAAAUACUAUUCGGAUUUAUGGCUGUGCAUGUCAAUGUCAUUUCAAUGUUGUCAAAACCCUUAUUCCAUGUUAACGUGCCAUGUGCAACAACUGUGGAAGUUAACUGCACUGAUAUUGAUAAUGCUUACGGAAUCUGGAGAUUUUUCAAAGAAAGCCUAGAGAAGUAUGGGCAAAACAUGCUCAAAGUAGUUUUUAAUGAAACGGCAUGCAGUCAAGUUUACCUUUCAACGAUUAACACAGCGCAAUGUAAGUGCUUACAUCGAACAGGUGUCACGUGCACCAUUACUGAUGACAAUAUGGUUAAUAUUGGCGACCAAUGGUACUGUACAAAAUCAACAUUGUCAACAGGGUCUACUGAUUUUAGUAAUGAUGUGACUUUGACUAUACCAGAUCGCCUUGAGUGUACAACGACAACACUAACAACACAAAUCGCAAAAGUGGAGAGUACCAUGAUUACUAAUAUCGACAACGAAACUGGCACAGUUACCGCGACGGCAGAAAUGCCAUCAAAUGCGAAAAAGUUAGGUCCAGAAAAGAGCACCAAAACUGAAAGCGUUAUCGUCAACACAACAAACAGCGCAAACUCUACCGAGGAAAACAAAAGUGAAGAAUCUAUUGCGAAACAAAACAUUUCAGUUACCCAGUUGGCUGUUAUUAUUUGCGGGCCAUUUGUUUUAUUUGUCAUCGGACUUGUUGUGCUCGUUUUCCGAAAGAAACUGUGUUCGUGCUCGAGAGGAAAGCAUAAUCUUACAAUGCUGAACAAGGAAAAUAAUUCAGUCGAGGGAAACAUAAAUGUGACUAUUGUUUCAAACAAUGCCACGUCUUCUAAUCCAACUUCCUCCUGGAUGGAACCUGUGUCCACGCAUAGUGAGGCUGGUCUAAAUACAAAACGGCAAUGUGCACAACAUGGAGAUGAACAACAAGACUUGGGCAUUGAAGACUGUAUUGAUGAUGACCCCUCGUACAGUCGUGUGCUAGAUGUCGCGACACAUCGCGACGGUAUAGCAGUCAAUAAUGCAGUUGCUGAAAAUGAUAAUGCAACAGUUCAACACAAUGCUAUUGAUGCAAAUAUUUUACAAAUGCCUCUACAAGAGAACACAUAUGUUCAUUACCAUGAAAUUUCAGAAGUUUCUACAGUAGAUAUUAAUUUAGCAGUUGAUUACCAGAACAUUGAAAUAGACAUCGCAGACAUACAUGAACGUGAUGGUAAUCUGUCAACCUCCACGAUGAAACUGGGAUCUAUUAUUCAACUGCUUCAUAUGACAGAGAACGAUCCAUCAACAUCUUGGGUUGGAAAACCUUUACAAAAAGAUCCACUGCCGAUUGUAUUUAUGGCAUUAGCAGAGAUGACUAUUUCUGACGUUGAUGUUACUGGGUCCAAUAUUCUCAGGGCUGAUGUGGAGGGUGCUUGUUACGAAAAUUUAGACCCCGAAAGUCGUGAUGAUAAAUCCCAAUACACCUCACUUGUUUAGAAAAUAUGUGAUUGAAACUGUUGCUGAGAGGAUGAAGAUAGUGUUCGACAAUUAACCUGCCUUAUGUUGCAAGGAUUCGUGAAAUGAGCUUUUGUCAUGUUUGAAAGUGUUUGAAUUGUUUAUAAUUAUUUUGCAUAACUAUAAUUUUUGGCAUUUUAAGCUAAUUUUUAGUACAUUAGUUGAAUCAUUAGAAGUAUACAUCUACUAAUCGUUUACAUAUGUACCUCGAUGAACCAAUAUUAGUUAUUGAAAUAACAGUGUAACUGUCGUAAUAUAUUUAAGAAGAUCAGUGAACUAUUUCUGAACACCCAAUUGAACUAUGA